AUGCUGGCAGACCCUCUCUGCUACCCCUUGCAGGACCCCGACCCCCAGCUGCUUCCUCACAACCAGCAGCAGUACCUCCCUGCCAACAUGCCUUUCCCCUUCUAUGGCUCCUCUACCUCUCCUUCGCCUUCGUCUUUGGCUUCACCCUCUCAGCUCUGCCAUCCUCCAUACCAGUACAGCUCUCACUGCGUGGAGGGCCCCUGCGAUCCCAGCCAGGAGUCCCUCUCCGGGGAACUGAAUCAGGGAUUUGGCCCGGCGGGGCUGCAUCUUGUACGGAGGUCUCGAAUGGGUUCGGUUGGGAAGAGUAAAGGGCAGGAUGAGCUGUGUGUGGUGUGUGGGGAUAAAGCAUCAGGGUAUCAUUACAAUGCUCUAACCUGUGAAGGGUGCAAAGGUUUCUUUAGGCGCAGUGUGACUAAAAAGGCUGUGUACCACUGUAAGAGCGGCGGCAGCUGUGAGAUGGACAUGUACAUGAGGAGGAAGUGCCAGGACUGCCGGCUGAGGAAGUGCCGCGCGGUGGGAAUGCUGGCUGAGUACAUGCUGGCAGACCCUCUCUGCUACCCCUUGCAGGACCCCGACCCCCAGCUGCUUCCUCACAACCAGCAGCAGUACCUCCCUGCCAACAUGCCUUUCCCCUUCUAUGGCUCCUCUACCUCUCCUUCGCCUUCGUCUUUGGCUUCACCCUCUCAGCUCUGCCAUCCUCCAUACCAGUACAGCUCUCACUGCGUGGAGGGCCCCUGCGAUCCCAGCCAGGAGUCCCUCUCCGGGGAACUGAAUCAGGGAUUUGGCCCGGCGGGGCUGCAUCUUGUACGGAGGUCUCGAAUGGGUUCGGUUGGGAAGAGUAAAGGGCAGGAUGAGCUGUGUGUGGUGUGUGGGGAUAAAGCAUCAGGGUAUCAUUACAAUGCUCUAACCUGUGAAGGGUGCAAAGGUUUCUUUAGGCGCAGUGUGACUAAAAAGGCUGUGUACCACUGUAAGAGCGGCGGCAGCUGUGAGAUGGACAUGUACAUGAGGAGGAAGUGCCAGGACUGCCGGCUGAGGAAGUGCCGCGCGGUGGGAAUGCUGGCUGAGUGCCUUCUGACAGAGGUCCAAUGCCAGUCCAAACGACUGAGGAAAGUAGGUAAAAGCAGAGCGCAAGAAGAGAAGGAGAGCACAGACAGUCGGAGAGUCAGCUCUACCUGUCGGUUACCUGGACAGAAUCAGCCCGCCAUUUUGACCCGGGAGCAGAAAUACACUGUAGACAGGAUGGUUGAGGCUCAUCGCCAGUUUAGGGAGCAAGACAGCAGCAGUUACAGGGUCUCUGAAUGGCAGUGUGCUCUGGAGGGGGCGGGGCUGCCUGAUGUUUUAUCCCCACACCUAAACAGACUGCUGCAGUUUGCAAGAACAGUACCAGGUUUUGAUCUCCUGGAUUUCUCCGACCAGAUGGCCCUCCUGUCCGUUUCCUCUCUGGAGGUCAUGUUUCUGCUCUCUGCCCAACAGUUCUCCAAUAACCCUGCAAGCCCCACUCCAGUUUUGCAGCUUUUCACCACUUCCUCGCACGGCUGGCUCAGAAAUCUGGAGCCCAGGGAAAACUUCCAGAUGAGGACGUCCGUCGGUUCAGGUGAGCUCCUAUUCAUUGUAGAACAUUUUACCCCGGUUUGA